CUCUCUCUCUCUCUCUCGCGCUCUCUUUCUCUGUGUGUCUGUCCCACUCACACACACACUCACACACUCAACGACACCGCUGCGAUACACACCAUGCGUACCUGUCCGGAGCUAUUCUACCACCCCAUGCUGGAUUUUACCCGUGCCUCUGGCUGAUCCCGACACAGACAGCUCUCUGAAAGGAUAUUCCUACGGCUGACUUUAUUUUUCUUCUUUCUUAUCCGUUUUUUUUUAAUUUGUUUUAUUUCUUUCAUCGUGGAGAGCCGAGCGCCGCGGCAAAGGGAUUAGGAGAGGAGGCCGUGCCAUGACAGUUGACUUUUGAGUCGGAGCCAGGAAGCCCAACAGCCCACCGUAUUCGUGUCCUGUGUGAACCGGAGCCCCUGUCCAACCAUGAGGAGCAGCUCUCAUGUCCUGACUCUGGGUGUGCUCACGGCUCUGCUGCUGUCUCAGGUCUGCUCGGGCAUCAAAUGGCUGUCAAUAACACACACCCCUUCAUCUUUACACAUCAACCAGACGCAACACUGUAAGCUGCUGCCCGGCCUCGUGUCCUCCCAGGCUCAGCUGUGCCGCAGCAACCUGGAGCUCAUGCAAACCAUCAUCACCGCUGCCCGCGAAGUCAAGAAAACAUGCCAGAAGACCUUCUCUGACAUGCGUUGGAACUGCUCGUCCAUCGACAUCCCCGUUGAUGCUCUAAAGUAUCGGCCAGACCUUGACCGAGGAACAAGAGAGGCUGCAUUUGUGUACGCCCUGUCCGCAGCGACCAUCAGCCACACCAUAGCACGGGCGUGCACGUCUGGAGAUUUGCGGCUGUGCUCGUGCGGUCCUAUUCCUGCGGAGAUCCCUGAGCCCGGCUACCGCUGGGGUGGCUGCGCCGACAACCUGCACUACGGUUUGAUCAUGGGCUCCAAGUUCUCUGAUGCGCCCAUGAAGAUGAAGCGCGCAGGCUCCCAUGCCAACAAACUGAUGCACCUACACAACAGUGAAGUUGGAAGACAAGCGCUGAGAGACGCGCUGGUGAUGAAGUGUAAAUGUCACGGUGUGUCCGGCUCCUGCUCCAUAAGGACCUGCUGGAGAGGCCUGCAGGACCUGAGGGAAAUCGCCAUGGACCUGAAGACCAAGUAUCUGUCUGCCACCAAAGUUGUCCACCGGCCCAUGGGGACACGCAAACAGCUGGUGCCCAAAGACAUCGACAUCCGGCCGGUGAGGGAGAACGAGCUGGUCUACCUGCAGAGCUCCCCAGACUUCUGUGCUAAGAAUGACAAACAGGGCUCUGUUGGCACACAGGACAGGCAGUGCAACAAAACCUCCCUGGGCAGUGACAGCUGUGACCUGAUGUGCUGCGGCCGCGGCUACAACCCGUACACGGAGAAGCUGGUGGAGCGCUGCCACUGCAAGUACCACUGGUGCUGCUACGUCACCUGCAAGAAAUGUGAGCGGAUCGUGGAGAGAUACGUGUGCAAAUGAGUGUGUGCCGCUGCCAUGCAGUCCUCUACGUGUACCCAGCCACAGAUUAACCAAAGCACUACAAUACCAAGAAAAGGCUUACUUUUGUCAUGAGCUUUAGCAUGUGUAUCGCAAUGAAGAGGGGGGUCUGUUCUUGUCUCAGUAUCAUUUUUUGUACCUGAAUCUGAAUCCAAAGUGCCAACUGGGCUUCUAAGCUUUUUUUUUUUUUUUUACUUGCUUCACAAACCUGGACGUGGAGAGUGUGGCGUUAGUGCCAGUUUACGUGAAGACCGCCGUCCUCCUGGGUAUCUCCUUUUGUCUUGUUAAUGAUUAUAAAUCCCCCUAACAGGGAUUUUAAAAAGUCUAUUUUAUUAUAUCUCUAAUAAAAAAAGAAAUAAUAUUGGAUUUUAUGCUGGAGGAAAGGGAUUGUCUUUUCCCCUCACUAGACUAAUGUUUGCCUUUAUGCCACGGAAAUCCAAGGGCAGCGUGGUACUUUUUUAAGGUACUAUUAAACUUUUUUUGUCCCACUGAAGCAAUGGACAAUAGGUGGGGGAAAAGGAACACAAAAAAGGGAACUUCAACUACUUUUCAAUCACGGAACAUUUCUGUGGUUGAUGUUUUGGACUCUCGCCAUGUGCCCUGCGUGGAUCUCGACAUGCCUGUAUCCCUGUGGAUUGAGAGAAGAGCAUUAUCUUCCUUUUAUGUCUGACAUGCAGUUCAAAAUAUAUUCUAUUUUUCAGAGCAUAUGAACUGAACUCAUGGAUUUUUGUAAACCACUUUUGUGUGGAUGUACAUACUGUUAUUUUGUAUACUGAAAUAAAGAAAGAAGUAUUUAUAAAAUAGUGAAA